CCCAACCCAAUUGUCUCCAUGGCGGAGGUGGUGGUGGUGGUGGUGGGCAGUGGUGGCCGGGAGGGUGGGCAAUCCCCAGGCAGUAGGGCCAGGGGUCUCGGCCGGGAAUGACCCCCAAGGCUCCCCUGGAAACUUGGCUCAAGGAUUUUGCCCUUUUCUGAGUCUUUUUUUCUUCCCGGCGGAGGGGAUUGUGGAUGCUUCUCUCCACCUGGGAUGUCCUGGUGGAACCUCUGCCUCCUCCUCCUCCUCGGCCUCCACGGAUGGGGGCUGGCCGACUCCUCCGAGCUGGCGUUUGUCCUGGAGCCGAGCGAUGUGAUCGCCGUCCGGGAGCGGCCCCUCCUGCUCCACUGCCAGGUGGAAGGCGAGGCGCCCAUCACUCGCACCUGGUACCGGAAUGGUGUCCCCCUCUCCAAUGUCAGCCACGUGGCCAUCUUGGCCAACGGAUCCCUUCUCCUGGAGAGCGUCCAUCGGAGACCCCGAGGAGGAGGAGGUCCCGAUGCCACCGCGGCCAAUGCCACUGAGUCCAGCACUGGCGAGUACAGCUGUGCCGCCCAGAACCGCUAUGGCCUGCUGGUCAGCCGCAAGGCCCGCGUCCAGAUUGCCACCCUUUCCAGGUUCCACAUGCACCCGGAGUCCAUGUCGGUCGAGGAAGGCGGCGUGGCCCGGUUCCAGUGCUUGAUCCAGGGGGUCCCCGAAGCCACGAUCACCUGGGAACGGAACCGCACCGCCCUCCAAACGGAUGACUACCGGUUCACUUUGCUCCCCACCGGCAUCCUGCAAAUCACGGGGGUCCGCCGUUCCGACGUGGGGACCUACCGCUGCGUGGCCAGCAACAUCGCCAACACCCGCUACAGCCAAGAGGCUGUGUUGAGCAUCAGCGUCUCUGCCCCAAAACUCUACAAGGAGCCGGUCAUUCUGUCAGGCCCGCAGAACUUGACCAUCAAUGUGCACCAGACCGCCAUCCUGGAGUGCAUCGCCACCGGCAAUCCUCGGCCGAUUGUGUCCUGGAGUCGUCUUGAUGGACGUUCCAUUGGUGUCGAGGGCAUCCAAGUCUUGGGAACUGGCAACCUCAUGAUCUCCGAUGUCUCGGUGAAACACGCCGGCGUUUACGUCUGCGCUGCCAAUCGCCCAGGAACCCGCGUUCGCCGUACCGCACAGGGCAUCCUCAUGGUCCAAGCGCCACCCGAAUUCGUGCAGUGGCCCCAGUCCAUCUCCAAGCCGCCUGGCGGGAGUGCCAUCUUCACCUGCGUGGCCCAAGGCGUACCCGAGCCUCACCUGAUCUGGCUGAAGAACGGCAAAGUCCUGGCGCCGGGAGACAACGUCAAGCUCACCCACAACAACAGCACCCUGAUGAUCCAGCGGAUCACCUCGGCCGACGAGGCCAUCUAUCAGUGCAUCGCGGAGAACAGCGCCGGCACCAACCAGGCCAGCGCCCGGCUGGCGGUGGCCUUGUCCAAAGAGCUGCCCGGCUCCCCCGAAGGCGUCCAGGCCACGGCUCUGUCCACGACCUCCGUCCAGGUCUCCUGGCUGGAGCCCCCCAGGGAGGUGACCGAGGCCAUCAUCGGAUACGUCCUCCACAUCCGAAAAGCCGGAGAAUCGGACAGCCGCGAACUGCAAGAGGCGGUCAGCAAGACCACCUUCCAUCACGUCUUCACCAACCUGGAGCCCUCCACCACCUACUCCAUCUACCUGAAGGCCUACUCGCCCUUGGGGGCCAGCCAGGACUCCCGGCCCAUCUUGGUCACCACCCUGGGCAGCAUCCCUGCAGCCUUGGGUUUCUUCACCAAGGUCUUGAACGCCAGUGCCGUCCAGGCCUUCUGGGAGCUGCCCGCUUCUGGCCGCAUCGAGGGCUUCAAGCUUUACCUCCGGAAGUUGCCCGGCGCCCAUUUCGAGGGGCCCCAACUCUUGCCCGGCACUUCGAACUCCUUCGUCUAUGGAGAUUUGGAACCGUCCGCAACUUACGAGAUCAAACUCCAGGCCUUCAAUGGGAACGGUGAUGGGAACAGCAGCAUCCGGUUUGUUUCGCUUAAGGAGAAUUCGGAGAGGCUGGACAGCAACUCAGUGUGCCAAUGCGGGCAGGAGGGGGACAGCUCUCUCACGGGGAUCGUGGUCGGGGUCCACAUCGGCAUGGCCUGCAUCAUAUUCUGCGUUCUCUUCCUGAUGUUUGGCUAUCGCAAGAGCCUUUUCUGCAAGAAAGGAACCCAAGACAGCUGGACCGUCCCUCAAGGAACCGAACUGGUCCAGACUACAGCCCGGGAGCCCCCCCGUAACCAGCGGAAACCCGAAACUGGGGCAAAACCUUCAGAGAUGGUGGAAUUGGUCACUCAGAAUCCCCCGUCCUCCGAGGGACACAACAACCACAACACCCCGCAUUUCGAAGUGACGAUUGAGCGCUGCCCUCCGUCCCAGCCCAGCGGUUAAGCCAAUGCCUGGUGGGAUGUGGUCAAGCGAGGCCUUGUACGGAUCGUGGUGGCCGUUCCGUAGAGGUCCGGCCUCUCCUUGCCCCACCGCCCACCUGGAAGUUCAACCGUAAACCUCCAAAGAAUCUACCUCACCUUCGCCGGAAGCUCAGCUUCCAGUCCGGCCGCCGUCUUGCUUGUCCACUCCCCCAACCUCUCCCUGUUUCCCCCAUCCCGAUGAUCCCGGAUUAUCUAUUUUUGAUACAAAUACCAAAACUACCUCAACCUAGCCAUCCCCUCUGGCCUGCCAAAUAACUUCCGCCAGAGAGGGGAAAUGGGGAUCCAUCCUCCAUGGCAAUGGGAAGACUCCAGAGCCCGGGGUGGCCAUUUUGAGAGGAAGCCAAAAAAAAUGGAGGAGGUUGACCUCCUGCCUCUCGUUAUAUGGCUGCCUCGGGGUGGACGAGGAAGCUGACCCCACUCCUCCCUGUCCCACCAAACUGGAGCCAAACCCAAUGUCAUGAUCUCCAAUCCUUGACAUCUCUGGUCGGCUGACAAGGAACAGAUGCCAGCCAUAAAACAGGCC